AACCAUCUUGGGGUGAUUUUAGUCUGGACUCCGGAGUAAUUGCACUUGUUUGAGAAAACAAAGUCGUAGAUAGAAUCUUGAAUUCGCUCCUCUGUCACCAGAAUCAACUCGAGUGUCCUUGGACAAGCUCCUGCAAGCAACACUAUCAAUCUGCUUGGAUCUGCUCUCAUGGGAAAUAUUGUUAACACUUUUAUGGGGUUCUCGCGCAAUAAUACUGCUGUUGUUCCCUUCCGGAGGUAUUCUUCCUUGUCAAAUGGUACACCAAGUACACCAAGAUUAGACAAAUGUACUUGUGAUAAAGGUAGUUCAAUGACAAGGGAAACUGCUUCUGCUAUAAAUACCCAUGCUAAUGGAUACAAGUCUGCUUGUAAGGAGGUGGAUAACGAGACAAUUGUCUUGACUACAUGCAGCUCGUCUAAAUCAGGAUGCUUCACUCUGCCUAUGGCUCAUACAGAACCACCUGGUGGUGAUGAGGCUAACAAAGGCCAUGGAAAACCAAAUGAGACUUUCCACACAGAUGCAGUACAACACAGGUCUGUUAGUCGUCCUGACAGUGCUGGUUUAAUUUGCAAUCGUGCUGCUGAUGGUAUGCCGCACAACUUGGAAAAUGGAAGUGCUAAAAAAACGAGGUUAACGACUAUGAUUUCUGCAGACCACUUCAGUAGAGUAUCACCUAAAGAGAAUUAUUCUACCGACUCUGUGGUAGCUGAGGGUGUGACGAAGGGUCCUUCCAGGAAUACACACAAGUACAAAGAGUUGAGACUGCGCAGUGUUUCUCCUGAAAGUGGUUUGUUUGACCAUGAUGCUCAUGAGAAAUUGAUAGACGAUGACCUUAAUAUAGGUUUUGAAAGUAUUCCUGAGGCUUCAGGGAACCGUGAGAUGGUACCAUUUGAAGAUAGAGCAGUGUGUGGUCCUUUGGAUGUGAGAGGUUCUGAAAGUAGCCCCAAGGCUUCAUUGAAGAGGCGAGCAAAAAGGAAAAGACCUAAUUGUAAAGCAUCAGUUAAGAGCAUAGUCCCAACUGGAAACGUUGGAACUUUAGCCUCUCCAGAUGUGAAACAUCCUGAAAUGGUGCGAUCUCCUCUUACUCGCAGCAAGGCUAAGGCGUUAUCUGUUUCCACACCUGAAUGUCACAGACUGAGAAGCACCAGAAUGGGUCAUCUAGUAGUUCCACCAUCAGAUUCAGGAAGCCAAAACAUUAUAUGUCAUGUGGCAAAACUACCAAUCAUCCCAUUUGUGGAGCAAAGUUCUGAAGAUGAAGUGUUGCAGGCUACUCCACUAAUGAUCAGAACUCCACUUCCGCAUGUGCGAUCUUCACUUACUCCUAGUAAGGCUAAGGUGCUAUCUGCUCCCAAAACUGAAACUCUUCAAGUCAGAAGCUCUAGAUCAGGUCGACUGAUAGUUCCACGUUUGGAUCCAGCAACCCAAAGCAUUAUCUAUAACACGGAUGGUUCGAUCAGCGGUGUAACCAACUCAGAGCUGCAACGGCCUCAAGGUUGUGAAUCGGAGCGUCCUGCUAAGAGGAGGAGAAAGUCUCAGUGUCCAACCCCAUACCGUGGAAGGUUGCUGCAGUUCGAUGGAAAUAUAUAAUGGAAAUUCUGGCUAGUAGCUUAAGUUCAGUAAUGCACAUGACCUUGGACAAGAAAGGUUCAGUAUGCACAGUUGCACACUUUUAGGAAAUAAGCUUAAACAAAAAUCAGAUUUAACACACGACGAGACAAGUUUGGCGGCGAUGCUUUUGGGCUAAUUGGAAGAUUCUGACCUUUUGGAGUGAAAUAUUUGACAAGAACGUUAUUGAUUAGAAAGAAAAGUGUCUCUGUUUGGGAAUCUCUUUUGACUGGUUCGAGCAAAGGGCUUUGCCAUAAAAAGUUCUUGCAUUGCUUUCUAGCAGAUGUUGGUGGAAUGGAAGAAUGUGGGAAGAAACAAUGAAGAAGUUCUUCUUAUU